GCCUCUCUCAACUGACCGUAUAAAUCCAACAUCACUGUUCUCUCUUAUUCGUGUAACUGGACUGCAGCAAUAGGGACUAAGGAGUAACCAAUAAAAUGGCUUCCAGCUGCUCAGGAUGUGGACCUGGCUACAAGAGCCCACUGGAUGCCAUGAUGGGACCACGGGAAAAAAUAGUUUAUCUGCCAUGUAUAUACCGCAAUACGGACAUACUGAAGCCUGACUAUCUUGCAACUGUAGACGUGGACCCAAAAUCACCACAUUUUUGUAAGGUGGUUCACAGGUUGCCCAUGCCUAACCUGAGGGAUGAGCUUCACCAUACGGGCUGGAACGCCUGCAGCAGCUGUUUCGGCGACGCAUCCAAGAAACGCAACCGCCUCAUAAUGCCCUCUCUCAUCUCCUCCCGCGUCUACGUGGUGGAUGUGGGGACGGACCCGCUAGCGCCACGCCUUCACAAGAUAGUGGAGCCAAACGAGCUGCACUGGAAGACGGGCCUGGCCAAUCCACACACCACACAUUGUCUGGGCAGUGGGCAAAUUAUGAUCAGCUCUAUGGGAGAUCCCGCAGGGAACGGCAAAGGUGGUUUUAUCCUGCUUGACGGAGAAACCUUUGAUGUGAUUGGCAACUGGGAAUUGCCUGGCGACGCAGCGCCCAUGGGCUACGACUUCUGGUAUCAACCGCGACAUAACGUCCUGAUGAGCACAGAGUGGGGGGCCCCCAAAGCCUUGGGCAAUGGCUUCGACAUUGAAGAUGUUAAAGCUGGUCUGUAUGGACGUCGCGUCCAUGUGUGGGACUGGACCACUCACAAGCGUGUGCAGACACUCGACCUGGGGGAAGAGGGCGCCAUCCCCCUAGAGAUCCGUUUCCUGCACGACCCUGCCGCAACCGAGGGCUACGUGGGCUGCGCCCUCUACGGCACCGUGUUCCGCUUCUACAAGACUCCGAAAGGGGACUGGGCAACAGAAAGGGUCAUCAAGGUCCCAAACAAAAAAGUAGAGGGUUGGGCUCUGCCAGAGAUGCCAAGUCUCAUCACAGACAUCCUGAUCUCCUUGGAUGACCGCUAUCUCUACUUCAGUAACUGGCUGCAUGGUGACAUUCGGCAAUAUGACAUCACUGACCGGAGACACCCACGACUCGCCGGCCAGAUCUUUCUAGGUGGCAGUAUUAUAAAAGGUGGCCCUGUGAAAGUCCUGGAAGACAAAGAGCUUGAUUCCCAGCCUCCCCGACGUGUUAUCAAGGGGAAGAAGAUACAAGGAAGUCCACAGAUGCUUCAGUUGAGUCUGGACGGGAGAAGGCUGUAUGUCACGACUUCUCUGUAUAGUGCCUGGGACAAGCAGUUCUACCCUGAUAUGAUCAAGGAAGGUUCAGUUAUGAUGCAGAUUGAUGUGGACACAGUGAACGGUGGCCUUAAGCUGAACGAGGACUUCCUGGUGGACUUUGGAGCGGAGCCAGAGGGUCCAUCCUUGGCCCACGAGCUCCGUUACCCUGGUGGAGACUGCACCUCAGACAUUUGGCUGUAGACAGAGUAAUCUCACCAGAUAUUGGUGCCCUUGAAGGGGCUAAUGUGGAGUUGUAAACGUUUAAAAGCAUAAAAAUGACUCACAAAUAUCAACGCAAUGUGAAGAAACAACUGUUUUGAAAUAAUAUCGACAAACACCUGUGGCCUGUGUUGCCCAGAUAUCCACUAAAGUUAGCAUGCAAACCAACUAGUGUCAGCUCGGCUCUCGAAAUAUCACCUUGUACCAAGCAGCGGCAUAUUACAUAAAAUGCAAGUCAAUGGAAGAGCGUGAUGUGACUUCUUUCAAGACAACAGCAAACCUACAGAACUCCACAUGGCUAAUAACAAAUGGAAAUAGAUAGAUGGAUAGAUAGAUAGAUAGAUAGAUAGAUAGAUAGAUAGAUAGAUAGAUAGACACUUUAUUGACCCCCAAGGGGAAAUUCAAGAUAUAGGUAAGAAUUAUCCUAUAAGUAUUAGGGAGAGAAACAUACAAAGGUGGACAGAAUUUCCAAGGACCAAAUCUAGAUGUGCAAUGCUGUGGAGCAUACUUAGAUUUUAUAAAUUGUUUAGCUUUUUGCAUAUAGAAAAACUGCUUGCAUAGAUUCAAAGCUCCUCCUGUCCAGUAGGUCUGGUAUUGGCCAGUCAUUCUGUUAUCCGUAUAUAAGAGCGUACAGUUGAGCAUAAAGUAAUUUGUUCACUUUUUCUCUUUCCAUGAUUAUCCCAUUAAAUGAAAGUAUUUAGGUUACAUGUACUGAUGAUCAUAAUUAAUUGUAUACACUUGCAAAUGUACUGAUUCUUCAAGCCAGUUACAGUGGUUAAACAUUUUGCUGUAUUAGUUUUUCUGUGACUGCCACUACUUGCCUUGUCGAUUGUACCGUUUUUAACAAUUAACUGACAAUAUAUUGUGUAUACUGCUAACAAUAUUUUAAUACAGUUAUGUUUUUCAA